GAACGGAUGAAGAUCGUGUGCUAGUAUCGGCAGCGCUUGCUGGGCAUUGCCAAAAACCUAGAUUCUGAUUUCGUGCAGAAGCCUCUGAUUCGUAGUGUGGUAGAUCGACCACUACCACUGAGUCUGUGCCAGCUGCAAAGUAACCGUUGCUUACCUGCUCAAGACGCAGCGGUAGAGUGCAGCUUGCUCUCGAGUCUCAUGCUCAUAUAUCAUAGCUCACUCAGUCCAGGUCUUUCACUUUCAGCGCUAUCGUAGAUCGCGGAGCGUCACACUCUGGUGGUGUUUGCGACGGACUCGUGCUGCUGCAUACUGUGGCCAGCGUAACCAGUGUAGGCUGUAGUACAUAGUGCCGUGAUCGUGAGCUCAUAAUCAGCCGCUUCGUUCCUCCCUGAGACUUGUCAAGGUUUUCAUCGAUCGAAGCAGGGCGCACGUCGGCAGAUACCCGCUCGGCGCUGGUCUGACCUACCCGCACCGGUCGCUUUGUCGUGCCACGAGCACAACGGAGCAGCGAAGAGAAUGGCGGGGCGGCCAUUCCUCGACCCGCGCCCACCCGAGAGGGGCACAAAUUCUAGUGGCUACAUGUCAAGUCAAAGUUCCGCGGAAGUGAACAGGUCCAAUGCACUGUUUCCAGGUGCUAAUGCACUGUUUCCAGGUGCUCAGCCUGCAGUGGAACAGGCAUUUGAUGCUUCAGCGCUGCAACAUCAACAGUUGAAGCUCCAGCAGUGGCCAAUGCAACAAUAUCAAGCGCCACAAGAGCAGCAGCAGCAGCCGCCACGACAACUGCAACAGCAGCAGCAACAACAACUGCAACAGCAGCAGCAACACCAACUGCAGCAGCAGCAGCAGCAACAACUGCAACAACAGCUGCAACAAGAACUGCAACAGCAGCAGCAACAACAACUGCAGCAGCAGCAGCAACAACAACUGCAGCCGGACCAGCAGCAGCAACAACUGCAACAGCAGCAGCAGCAGCAACAACUGCAACAGCAGCUGCAACAGCAACUGCAGCAGCAGAAGCAACAACAACUGCAGCCGGAGCAGCAGCAACAACAACUGCAUCAGCAGCAGGAACAGCCGCAUGUACAGCAGUGGCUGCGGCAUCAGCAACCGCAGCAGCGACAAUACCAGCAACCAACGGAGCAAUACCAACAAGCUUCCAACCAGCUUGCUGGACUAAACCAGGUUGCAUCUGCACUGCCUGCAUCCAGUACCGGCACUGCUUCUAACGGCUCUGACUUCGCUGGCCAGCAGUACGCCCUGCCAGGCAUUGGCGCUGCAUUUGGGCAGGACGAUGUAAGAACGGCAAUGGAGGAUGGCAUGGAUUCGUCUGACAAGGGCUACUCUUCUGGACCAAUGGCUACUCUUGCCACCAUUGCUGGUGACGUUGAGCUGGAGCCGAUGUCAAUGCAAUUUUCUGGCCCGCAGGGGCUAUUACCAAACAACACCACUCCAACUAGAAUACUUCCACUGGGUGGCUCUGCAUCUUGCAAUAAUGGUGGUGGUGUGAAUGGAGCUCCAUUUCAACCAUAUUAUGCUCAAACCAAUGGCAAUGGUUCAAUGGCUUUCAAUACCACCACCAACACUAGUGAUCCUCGCACCACCCAAAAUCAGGGUCCACAAACAGUCCAUACUGUGAACGCGGCUGCAUUCUCUUGCAGUAGCAGUAGCGACAACAUCAACAACACAAGCAGUGGGAGUGGCGCAUCCGAUGCGGACACUGCCCUGCCUAAUGUGAAUCAAAUUGACCGGCGUCUGUUGGUCUCCCAAUCCGGUCUUUACCAAGGCGGUGUCGGUACUGUGCCAGUGGCCAGUCAUAUGAUUAAACUAGCACAUGCUGGAAUGCCUGGAUCAAACACAAGCAUCUCUGUUCACCCAGUUUCUAACAGUCAGGACAAUUUCAGGCCGCCCAAUGAAUUGGACACAGCCUUCAUCAACAGUCAGCCUCCCGGCCGCAACAAUGGUUCCAUGUUGCAUGCUGCCGUCUCGAAGUCACACACUGGAAUGGUAGCUACCAUCGAGACAGCUGCUUCACUGCCGAUAUACGAUCGGUCAUCUCUGGCUGGCCAACAACAACAGCAGCAACAACAACAGCAACAGGAACAGUUGCAGCAUGAACAGCAAUACCAGCAGCAGUGGAAUUCGCACGGUGCAGGCCUGCACGAAUGCCCCAUACGAUCUGACAAUGAUAUUGAAGAUUUACUUGGACGUAUGCCACCGGAUUCUGGAGAGGCAAGGCACAUGGCUAGUUCAGGACAAUGUGGGCCUCACAUCACGACUCCGUCAUUGCCGGCAGGUAAUGACGAUGGAAUUCACCCCUUCCUGGCGAUGGAAUUCCACCCUACAGAAGUGCCUCACAGUGCCCUCACGGCGGCUGCAUCUGUUGCUGCUGCUGCUGCUUCUGCAGUCAGUACCCCACGCGAACAUAGUGUGGAGGAAUUCCAAGAAGGUGAUGACGUGGCCGCAAGCAAAGCUACACCGUCCACUCAGUCGGAUAACAAGGACACUGAAAAGAUGGCCAGACUUCAAAAAGAGAAUGACGAGUUGCGAAAAACACUGAAGUUCCUCCAACAAGCUGUGAAUCGGAACAAGGCCAAGCCAGUGGUGCUUGCUGCCACCAGGUCAAAGUCAAGGCCAAGACAUUCGCAGUCAGCUACAAAACGCUCACAGUCGUCGCCAAGACCCAGCGUUGAGCCAGCUGCCACGGAGGAUUCCAAGGAGGCACAGCAUCAACUGUUUCUCUACGGAUUGGGACACCAAAUUCAGAGACCACUACUGUCAGUGCCUGCAUCGACCACCACACAAGCAGAGGCAACGAGUGCCGAAGCUACUCAAGCCUCGACUGGAGUCAGCAGUUUCAUUGGUAGAAUAAUCAAGCCCGAAGAAAUUGAGCAUGUUACCCUCACGCCAGGCAAAGAAAGAUUCAAUCGACAAUUCUAUGUGAAGGCACACUUCGACAGGUUUAUCCCAGACUGUGCGUCGCAAUGUCAUACCCUUUACUUUCAACUGACGUCCACACGGCGCACUGUGAGGAGUCAAGCAGCUGAGUUUUCCAGGCACACUCACAUUCUCACAGCACUAGUGCCAAGCAUACCAAAGGAUGGCAUUGGCUGUAAUGAGGAAGUGUUUGAAGUCACUCUGGUUUGCCAAAUGGGUCGCAAAUCAUGUCCGGCCAUUGGCCACAUCACACUCAAUGCGGAGGAGCAACAGGCAGGCCCUGGGUCAAAGAGCUCAGUUCCCACGCGAGAUCCGAACACUGCAACCAGUGGAUCAGGUACACGUGGAAGUAGUGCACCAGCAGGAGCAAGCAACGCGUCAUCCUCCUACGGAGCGCUGCCUGGUGGAAUGCAGGAUGGAAUAUCUCACUGCAACAUUGCCAUUGCUACAGGAGCUGAUAUCAAUGUGAGCAACCAUGGCGGUGAUGACAAUAACGAUGGAAGCAGCUCGUCAGAUUGUGAUCCAACAUGCCAUCAGUGUGUUGCCACAGUUCCCUUUAUGAUGUCCGUCCAAGGUGGGAUAACAAGUUCAUCAUCUUCGGCUGAAACUGACCCCGAUGAAAACGUGUGCAGAGUAACAGGUGGAGACGCAGUCAGCCAACCUUGCGGCGUGCAAGCUUUGGCAAAGGAGCAAACGCAGCACUGCAUUCCAGACAACUACAAAGUGCUUGGCACGGUUGAGCAGAUCACACACCUCUUCCAAACACUGAUCAAUGAGGAAGAUUGCACAGUUUCGGUCAGCAAAAAGGAUGAUGCAAAGGAGGAGUCAACCUUGCAGAAUGCAAGCCGCCUGGAGGAUUCUACCCAAUCCACUUCCUCCACUGCAAGCCAGUCCAUUCUGGAUUCGUGUUCUCAAUCCCUCUGCACUACAAGCAAUCUGGAGUACUGUUACCUGCCGGUUUCUAGAACGAAAUCAUCCCUGGAUGAUAUCACCUCCAACCAGGACCACUCAGAGCAGCCGGACAAUGAGCCUCGGAAUAGGCGACGUGCAGGUGAAGGCAGCACUGCAGCUAGCUCAAACCCACUUCAGCCUAGUGCCCCAAGCCAUGGCCCAUUUGACCUCUUCAUUGUCCUUAGCAGUGUAAGUGCGCAAUUGACAAUGCCUUCAUUUUUGUGUGCUUGUGUGUCCCGGGCGAGAGGGAAGUAUCAGAGCCGGUACUGCGCGAGUGCGAGGGCAUCAUUUCACUAUUCGUAUCCCAUGUGACUGUUCUAUGCAUGGCAUUUGACCACUUGAGCAUAUCAUGAGUAGCUAGUUAUGAGUGUAAUAUACGUAGCGUUUCUUCACCUUCACU